AUGGUAGAUGCAUCUUGUGGAGGUACUUUCCUCACCAAACAUGAGAAUAAGGCCAGAGCUCACUUCAAGAACCUCACCAAGAAUUCUCAGCAGCAUGCUGCUGCUACUUGUAGACCAUCCCAACCAUCCACUUCCAAUCUUAAAGGAGUCUAUGAGUUAGCCACAGACCAUGACCUUGCGCCCACACUGCACACCAUAGUUAGAAAGUUAGAUCAGUUCCUAUCCUUAGGACAGCAACCACACCUUGUGGCGUGUGCGGAGGUGUCUGCCAUUUGUUCUGAUCCUUCACACACAUGCUAUAAUUUCCCCAAUGCACCUCCCCCGCUUGAGCUUGCUUCGGCGGCGACCACUUUUCAAAGUGGUAGGAUGAUAAACAAUAGGGUUGGGGAGAAGUUGAACAAGGGUAAAGGUAAGGAUAAGAUGGGGGAAAAGCCCAAUGCUGAAUCUUGCACCCCCUCCUCCUCUAAAUCGACGAGCAAUCCCGAGACUCCCCCUCCCUCUGCUGAAGGAGCAUUGCCCCAUUAUGUCUUUCCAGCGCCAUCCCCAACAGCCCUUCAAGCACAUUCUAAAUCUAAAAAGAAAACCAAUACUCAGUCCAUCAUGGACACAUUCAGGAAAGUACAGAUAAACCUUCCUCUCUUAGAUUUCAUUAAGCAAGUGCUUGCUUACGCUAAGUUCCUCAAGGACUUGUGCACCCAAAAGUGCAAAUCUAAGGUGCACUUGAACAAAAGAGUUAGAUUGACAGAGCAUGUGAGCUCAAUUCUUUAG